CACCCCUUCCCCAUUCCCCCCUAAGCUAGAUGAACCCCACUGUGGGUUCCCCCAUCAGCCCCCCCUCACAAGCGUGGCGCCCCCUUCUUCAUUACCUCCCCAGCCGGACCCCUCCAUAACCCGCUAGUGCUCUCCUCCCCAACUGCCACACUCGCGCUCAAACCUUCCCGUCUAUCGCGUCCCCAGCCCUGGAGAAGGCACCAUCACCCUCCCUUGUACAGAAAGGGAAACUGAGGAAGCCGAGAUGGACCCUGCUUCGAGGUUCCCGGGGUCCUGCAGGGGUCCCUCCGGCCAGCCACGUGCGGCAGGGUCGAGGAUGGCGAUCUUGCUUGGAGAGGGGAGCCCGAGGUAGAGACAGGCGGGAGAGGCCGGGCACGGAGAUGAGAUCGAACCCUGAGAGAGGCUAAGCGCACGCCAGCUCUCCAGCCUUGGGGGAUGGGGCUCAUGCCCCCUGCCCACGUGGAGCCACUAGACAGGAGGACGCCAGCGGUGGGGGGCGGGGAGGCCUGCUCUGGUUUUUUCUCACCUUUUGUGACCCUUGGCUGAUCCUCGCCCCUCUCUGUGCAAUGAGGAAUUGGUAUUCUGCUAUCUCUCAGGUGAAUUUAAUCCAGGGGAUUGGUUUCUACUGGGGAGACAAAAGUACAAACGAUGCAGAUUCUCUAAGGGGGAGAUGAGAAGGAAGGAUGCACCAGGCAUGAAGGGACAGCCUAGGCAAGGGCACAGAGGCUGGAGAUGGCAUGUCACAUCCGAGGGGUACUAGGUCCCUGGUUAAUAGUUACUGGUAUUCUGUGGUGCUGUUGAGGCUACAAAGCACUUGACACACAAUAGCCCUGGGGGGAGGGGAGGACUACAAGAUUCAUCUCCAUUUUACAGAUGAGGAGACUGAGGAGGAGACAAGGAAGGGACUUCAUCCAGAUCUGUUGACCCCACCUUCAACUCUUUCUCCUCUUAUACAGUCGUGGGUCUUGGGUCUGUGACCUGCCAGUGAAUGUUUUCUUCAGUUUUCUCCACCCCCUUCUUUCUCACAUGUUCACAUCCCUUGAGCUCAAUCAGCAUUUAAGUACCUGCUGCUUCCAGAGAAUGGCCCCUGGUGUGAUGUGUAUCAGCGCUGACCUACAGUCAGGGCACCCCUGUCGGAGCUGGGACAAGGGGUCAGCCUCGCCAGGGCAGGGGCCACGUUCUGCCUCUCUGGAAUGGAGCGCCAUGGGCCCUUUCUCCAUCCCUGUCCACUGCGUGCCUACUCCCUUACUGGGCUGGGCCCAGAGCAGCUGCCUCUUGACUGACCGUUAGCCCCUGUUCCUCCUGCCCUCGGUCAGAGCUGCAUCCAUCUGUGUCCCCAUCUAGGGAGGAAGAGGAGGCCUGUGGCCCAGAGCCUGAGGCAAGCCAGGUGUGGGCAGCAGAACAAGGCCCCUACUGGAAGUCACCCAGCCUGGGGAGUCCACAAAGAGCCAGUCUGACCCCCUGGGGCUGAGCAGAGGGUCCCCAGCUGGCCAUGAGGAAGCCCCGAAAGGCAGGGGGAGGCAGCCAGAGGCAUGGGGAGCAGCCCAGCCCGGACACAGGCCCAGGGUCCCCCAGCCAGGCGUCCCCAUACCAUCUGUUUGGUGAUGCUGACGAGGUCACCAGGUUCCGGGCCAGCCUCCUAAGCUGGUAUGAUCAGGCCAAGCGCGACCUGCCCUGGAGGAGGAGGGCAGCAGGAGAGCUGGACCCGGACAGGAGGGCGUACUCUGUUUGGGUGUCUGAGAUCAUGCUCCAGCAGACCCAGGUCGCCACAGUUAUUGGCUACUAUACCAGAUGGAUGCAGAAAUGGCCAGCGCUGCAGGACCUGGCGGGGGCAUCCUUGGAGGAGGUGAACCAGCUGUGGGCCGGCCUGGGUUACUAUUCACGGGGCCGGCGGCUACAGGAAGGCGCUCGCAAGGUGGUGGAGGAGCUGGGGGGCCACGUACCCCGCACAGCAGCCAUGCUACAGAAGCUGCUGCCUGGAGUGGGCCGGUACACAGCGGGGGCCAUCGCCUCCAUCGCCUUUGGCCAGGUGACUGGUGUGGUGGAUGGGAAUGUGACCCGUGUCCUAUGCCGCGUACGAGCCAUCGGGGCAGACCCAGGAAGCCCCAUGGUCACCCAGCAUCUCUGGAGCCUGGCCCAGCAUCUGGUGGACCCAGCCCGGCCCGGGGACUUCAACCAGGCAGCCAUGGAGCUGGGCGCUACAGUCUGCACCCCCCGAGGUCCACUGUGCCCCGAGUGCCCCGUGCGGGGCUUCUGUCAGGCCCAGAAGAGGGUAGAGAAGGAGCAGACAGCGGCGUCUGGGAGGCUACUGGGCAGCCCAGAGCAGGAGAAGAUGCUUGAAGUGGAGGAGUGUGCCCCCAGGAGGGCCGGCUCGUGUCCGCUCUGCCUGUCCCCAUCAGAGCCUUGGCGUCAAGACCUUGGUGUGGCCAACUUUCCCCGCCAGCCAGCCCGGAAAGCCCCCCGGGAGCAGCGGGCGGCUGUCUGUGUCCUUCAGCAGCCGGGCCCUGAGACCGGCCGCUUCCUGCUGGUGCAGAGGCCCAGUUCAGGCCUGUUGGCUGGCCUCUGGGAGUUCCCCUCCGUGCCAGCAGAAGGCACUGAGUACGUCCAGCGCCGGGCACUUGUGAAGGCGCUGCAGACCUGGGUGGGCGGCCCCCUCCCCCUGAGGAGCCUGCGGUGCCUUGGCGAGGUGGUCCAUGUCUUCUCCCACAUCCGGCAGACCUACGUGGUAUACAGCCUGGCGCUGAAAGAGCAGCCCCAGGGCCUGCCCCCAUCGGGUGCCCGCUGGGUGAGCCAGGCUGAGUUCCAGGAGGCUGCCGUGUCUACAGCCAUGAAGAAGGUUCUUCGGCUGUUUGAGGGCCAGCCCUCAGGGCACAGGAAGGCCUCCAAAAGUCCCCAAGAUCCUGCCACUUUAGGCCCUGGGCCUGGGCCUAGCCACCAGCAUCGACAACUAACCCUCAAUGCCUUUUUCAAGCCAACAUCUGCCUCCUGAUUGGCCCUAGGGCCCUGAAGAUGGGGCAGGUGCCCCUUCCCCUCCCUCUCCCCUCAGCCUGGCUGCAGGUCAGCAGUGAGACUCCUAUUAGGUAAAUAAAGGAUUUGUUUUUAAAGA